AUGUCGGACUCGCAACAUGCGAUAUCAUGCACGUCGAACGGCGCAUUACGGCUCGUGCACCUCGGCGCAGAAGAAAAUGCUCCUAGUACUCAGACUGGCGUCCUCCCGAUGCGCCUCUGCGACUGGCGGCUAUCCCACAGCGGAGAGACGUUUGCAUAUGGUGGGGACGAGGUUGAGCUGUCCGUCUGGAAUACAGAGGCUGCGUUCACUCGCCUGCCAGCCGGAGACUCUGGAUCCGAGUCGAAAAAGAGAAAACGGGACCAGUUGCUCCCCGGGGAAGUCUGGCGAUCAAAGAACUUGCCUAAUGAUGGACUCGGCCUUCGACGCCCUGUGCACAUUACAGCCCUUAUAUAUCUGCAGCCCUCGUCUUCUAUCUCCCACCACCACCUCCUCGCCGGCACACAAGAAGGACACAUUCGCAGAUAUGACACACGCGCCGCCCGGCGACCAGUCGCGAAUUGGGAGAGAAUUGGAAAGAUGGGCGGUAUCAGCACCGCCGAAAAGGGACUUCAUGAACAUGAGGUUUUCGUAGGAGAUCACGGAUACAAUCUGAUGGCAUUAGACCUCCGGAAUGGCAGAGUCAUUUACGGGUACAAGGGGCUAUCUGGUGCUGUCUCCUCCAUUGCGCCGUCGCCUGAACUGCUCGCGUCGGCGUGCCAAGAUCGUUUCUUGCGGCUGCACAGUACGUUCCCUCCGCCGGCGGUAGAAGGUCAGCAGCAAGAGCACAAAGGCGAGGUGGUCGACAAGUUAUACAUGAAAGUCAUCCCUGCGGCGGUCGUCUGGGACGGAAUCUCGGACUCGAUGCGCGUAGCGGAUGCGGCUGCAGACAGCGACGAUGAGGAAGGCGCGGAAGAUGGCGUGUGGGACGCGAUGGAUGACGCGGAGGAUGACGACGACGAGUUUGAACUUAACACAACCUUCGUGAGCCUCAGCGCAAUUACACAUGUGACCGUUUCCAUGCCACAUGGUUUCGUGCCGGUUUGGCUGGUGGGAAAUAUUCCGCACAAUUAUGCUCACGUCGCUACUAUUGAAUGGCAUGAAUAUAAUUCCAUCUACCCUAGCAAUGCUAUUUUCAAUUUGAUCCCUUUGGUUUACCCAUACGGCUGGCUCCUAACAAUGGGCUCCACGCCCUCGUACGGACCUGCACAGUUAAAUGCAGGUCGCACAGUAUCCUUGCCCUACAGGUUUCAGGCGGACCUAGUGCCCAGCGUGGUGCUCGCGCGGCUGUCUGACAACGAGGCAGGCGAAGACAGCGAGGAGCCGGCGAGCGACGCUCCCUAUGACCUUGCACACUAG